AUAGUAGCUUCUUAAGUCACUGUUAAAAGUCUUACAUAAGCACACAGCCUGUUCACCUUAGUGCUCUGAGAUCAAGAAAGGGAGAGGAAAUGGAAAUUUGCAUAAGGACAGCAUUUCUUCAGCCCCAUGAGAGUUUAAAGGACAAGAAUAGAUCUUGCUCUAAAUCCUCCACCAUGGCCUUCAGUGCACUUCUCCUCCUGUUGGCAUCUUGCACAGGCUCCAGUUCUGAGGCAAUGCCACUGACCCAGUCGGACAACUAUUUAUCGGUGGCUAUGGGGGAGACCACAAGUAUCUCUUGCACUUUGCAAGGUGUGGAGUUUAUCAGUGGCAGUCACCCAUCCUGGUAUCGACAAAGACCAGGGAAUCCUCCUCAACUACUAAUAUAUGAGGCCAGACAAAGGGCCUCAGGGAUCCCUGACCGAAUCUCUGGAGAUAGUUCUGACAACAGGGCAAUAUUAACCAUCUCAAAGGCCCAGGCAGACGAUGAGGGAGAUUAUUACUGCAUGGUGUGGCAUGCCAGUGCGUAUGUCUUCGGCGGAGGGACCCAGCUGACCGUCCUCAGUCAGGCCAAAGCAGCUCCUGCCGUAUUUGUCUACCCUCCAUCCUCUGAAGAGGUCGCCGCCCAGAACAAGGUCACCCUUGUGUGUUUGAUGAACAAUUUCUACCCUGGAGCAGUCCAAGUCACCUGGAAGGCUGACAACGCCAAGGUCACAGAGGGAGUGGAGACCACCAGGCCAUCCAAACAGAGCGACAAUCGUUACCUGGCCAGCAGCUACCUGUUCCUGAGUGCCACAGAUUGGGCAAGCCAUAACAACUACACCUGCCAAGUGACGCACGAAGGGGUGGAUUAUGAGGCGUCUGUGGACAGAUUAGAGUGUCCCUAACCCUUUGCUUCUUGUAGGUCUUUGCCUGUUUCCCCCACCCUCAGUCUUUGAAGAGAAGAGGGCAUUCUGGAAGGCUCCCACAGUACUGACUGAUCAGUUGUGGCCCCUCCGUGUUGUCCACAAACCACCUUGCAAUUUCUUACAUUACCACCAAAGACGUUUCUGCUUUAUUAUUCUCUGACACAGUCUUGUUGCUAUGCUGACAUUCACCGAAAUAUGGCCUCCCCACCUUCUCCCUUCCUUGCUUUCUUUCAAUCAUGAUGCAGUUUUCAUUAUCUUCUAAUAAAACUUAUGUCAUCCA